UAAUAAGAAUACUCCUUUAACCCUGUACCCUUCUCAGGUAGCAAAACUUUUUUGCCAGGAUCAAACAGACUGGAUAUCUAUCCAUACUCAUAUGUUAACAAACAUCAUGCAACUCGUUUGCCAAAUAGUGAAUCCAGCUGAAGUUGUAUUUAAAUAUUAGAGAAGGAUAUAAUUACGGUUUUUUAUAGGAAAUUUUUGCCUCUAUUUCAUGUCAGUGACGAUCUAUGUCGGUGCAACGAGAUUAGAAGUUCGAGAUUUGCAACUUCCCCUACCAUAAGGGCAGAUAACGGAUUAAUAUGGCGUUCGGAUCUACAAAGACUGACGUUCGAAACUGAGAGAACUUUUGUGCAACGCGUUUGCUGUCGGAAACUAUUAACCUUCGCUAAAAUCGAAAAGCAUCUAUUAUCUAUUAACUAUAAAUGUUCACAAUUGUCGACGUGGUUUAGUAUGAGCUAUUGAACAUGACGGAUUCAGGCUCGGACACUUCUACCUGACUAUCAAUGACAGAAUGAGUUCUGGCAAUGUGCGACCGGUCCACUUCUCGAGGUUCAUACCGUAAUAACUUAGUAGAACUUCGCUAGUAAUUCCCUUUCAUAGAAGCAGCUUCAGGAUUCAUUAACUGGAUGAAACUUCGGCCAGCGUUUGCUAUCUGUAUAUACUAAACUCACGCUGCUCGUAGACCCUGGUCUGGCGUUGGUACUUCCUGUAAUGUCACGUACAGUCCGGCACUACUUUGGCAUCAGCUGAUCAUUUCAAGGUUCGGCACCUCGGCUGAAUCUACCUUAGUAAACCGACAUUGCACUUGACUCGAUGAACUUAGAGCGGAGUUCUCCAGAUCAACUUUUCUUCGAGCACAUGCGCCUUUUCACCCUUGCUCGUAGCAGUCUCGAUAGGCGUACGUCGGGCCGUCGACAGAAGCGAAGUGUAUUACACCGCUAGCGAGGAAACUAUGUAAUAGAACUCACGCUGCUUUCAAAAGCGAGUUGAAAGCCUGCAUUACAAGGUACCGUCCUGCCGACAAUGAAGUUUCGGAGCUGCCACAAUUGGUCGCUGCUUCGAGCGGACAACCGGGACUGUUCAAUGGACACAGUCCCAGCAGUUGAUUGCACAGCGGAUCCAGAGUUUUGGGCAAGCGUUUGGAGUCUUCAAGCCACCGAGAAAAUAGCGGCAGAAGAAAUCUGUAAUAGUAAUCACGUUGUCGGAAGAAGCGUGGGAAAUGUAGACUCGAGAAGUGUUACGCCAACGAGUCCAGCAAAGCCAAAUGCUUCAGCAUCCGUGAAUGGUGUCACUAGCAGGAAUUCAGUCUCAGUCGAACGAUCACCUCUUAUGAAACAUCCUCCUACUCAGUCAACCGCUUCAGCUGAGCAGACGACAAUUCCUAGUAGCAUGGCACCACGUGCGCUACAAUUUAGCCAGCAGUUGCCAGAGCCUCCUUUGGUGCUCAGUGGGGCUCGAAGAGCAAUACUUACUAGAUCUCUAAGUGUUGGUUCACAACGCGUUGUUCCUAUAAGCAGCCCGCGCAUGUGUUUGCCCAAGCACAGCGGUGUGGUCAAUCCAUCCAUCACUGUCAACCCUACCGUAUCUAUCCUUCCGUUAAACAAUUCGGUGAUGUCUAGCUUUCCGGCCAGCACAUCAGGCAGUCUAAUUAGCUCGUCACCACCAUUGACUUCAAUUACGCCAACAAAUGGCUUGGGCGAAAAUAAUUUCUCCCUACUUAAGUCUUCAAAUCCAUUCUCCUCUCUAGCACGCGUUACGGCGUUCGAACGCCCACUUCGAUCGGCCUUGAAAUCGGAGCGUUCGUUCGAAUGUCACACGACGCUCGAGAAUCACGGAAAUCGCAGAUUCGGUGGACAGGGAACACGAACCGUCAUCAUCAAGAGUGUCUUCUACGAUUCUACUGUCGAACUAGAUGAUGGAUGUAGAGCUGCAGUCAAAUUUGACGCAAACGGGAAUAACAUUAGUAUGGGUAAAAACGGGAGCAGGAACAACAAUCAUAAUUAUUAUUAUAAUAAUAACAGUAUAACACCCACUGGAUGCCAGUUCGAGUCUGCGACAGCAUCUCCUUGGGCAGCAUCGUGUAAUUCGACCAAUAGCCUAAACGCACCAAUCGGAGGAAGCAGCAUUGUGUUUAAUGGAACCUAUCCAAUUGAUGAGCCUAUCACUGAUCUAAGCAGCAGAACUGAGGUCGUUGGGUGCUCGCGGCCAUUGCGUGUGUCAUGAUCUCACACUGAGAUGCAAUGAGAAAGAGACGCCCUGAAAUUGAGUAUAUAUAUCCGCACGGCAAUAGCCAGGCAACGACUAACGAAGAUUAUAACGGGCUGUCUUGAUAAAUCUUAAUAUAGUGGAAUGCCGAGGUUUUUUUUUGAUGCAAGGUGCUAUGGAAGGUCCGCUGGUUUUGAUAAACACGUUUGAUACUGGAAAUUCAAAUCAGGAUUCGUUACGACUGGAAGUCAUACUUAGCGGAUAGUACUUACUGUUAUUGGAAAGCCUAAAUAUUUAGUAUAUUAUUAUUAUCAAAUAUUUAUAUUAUAAACGUAAAAUAAAAAACUUGAUUAUUUAAAUUUACUGAAAAUGUAUUUAAGCCACACUUAUUCAUAAACGUUUAACGUACGAGACGUCACAUAACAAUAAUGACUUGGGUCACCGUUAAAGUUA